AUGAUCGCCACUGGAGGCCUCCUGAGGAUCUCAGCUAGGAAACAGGACCCCUUGCGACCCCAAAGCCAAGUCCCCAAACGCAAACGCAAGGCCAAGAAGAAGCGCAAGAACGAUGUGGUGGUGGUGAAAGGCAAGCUCAAGCUGUGCUCCGUCUCGGGGCUCAUUGCCCUCUGUGGCAUCCUCGUACUGCUGGUGGGCAUUGCCUUGGCUGUGGUGGGCUACUGGCCCAAGCCCAGCCAGGUGUACAGAGAAGGCAGCUUCAGCAGGGGUCGGCACCUGGUGCCACAGAGUGGCACCCCCAAGAACCGCUCCUGGAGCCAGGAAGGGGCAGAGGCAGGAAUCCAUCCAGAGCUCCCUCCUAGAGCCAACAGCUCUACUGCUGCUACCAGCUGGGGAUCCCCACAGUCCCCUUCUUCGUCCCCCCAGGCCUCAGUGGGUUUCCUUUUCCGUCUUUUCUCAAGCUACUUGCACUCAGACAAGCUGAAGGUGCUGGGGCCUCUCAUCAUGGGCAUCGGCAUCUUCCUGUUCAUCUGCGCCAACGCGGUGUUGCACGAGAACCGCGACAAGAAGACCAAGAUCAUUAACCUGCGUGACCUCUACUCCACCGUCAUUGAUGCCCACAGCCUGCGGGCCAAGGACAGAGGCACCCCAGCCUCAGCCCCUCUCAAUGGCUUUGUCAAUUACAUGCAGUCCCGGGGCCUGGAGCUCAAACCUGGUGGGGAAGGCCUGGGUGCUGCGGCCAUGCUGGCCAAGAGCUCCUGGCCACCAGGACUGGGUGUCUCCCUUUCCCCACCGGACCUGGCAUCCCCACCACGGCGUUCCUCCUUCUGCAUCCCACCACAGCCACCCAGUCUGGCCGAGGCUGUGUACAGCAUCUACCGGGAGCGUGCAGCCCGUGCGGUCACCAGCCCACCUUGUAGCCCACCGGAGAUCUGGGAGCGGCGCAGCACAACCAGCUCCAUCGUUGGCUCUUCACUGAGCGCUUUUGCCCUCCUGCCCUUGGCACCGAGCAGUAGAGGAGGCUGGCGGAGGCCUCCCAGGGAGAGAGGAGCCCAGGAGAUCCCGCAGGGCGAGUUUGAACUUAGCUUGACCAACCUCAGCAGCGGGCAUGUGGAGGGAGGCUCUGGGUUCAGAAGGCACAGGCUGAUCCUCAGGCGGCAGAGCACCAGCUGCUUGCCCGAUGCCAAGCGUCCCCUUUUCCCUGAGCCACAUAGGUCCCCAGAUGUUGACAGGGGCCAGAACUCUGGCUUCUUGGUAAAGGCAUCUUCUAGCUACUCCAAAUCUCUAGAUCUGGAGGGGUCACCUCCCUCAACCCCUCCUGCCAUCACCAGGAUAGACUCCCAGAGCUCCCAGUCUAAACCUUCCAGCAGCAAUAAGGGCUACAGCCACCUGGAGGAGGCAGGCACCUCCUUGGAGUCAGUUGCCAACACCCCAGCCAGUAAAACCCAGGACUGUGAGGAGGAACCAGUUGAGAAGAUGGACUCCCUGGAGGCUACCAACAGAGAACAAAGAGGGGAGCAAUCCCAGCAAAGACAGUACACAAAUAAAGAGAAACUCUUUAUGAUUUCCAGGUCACACGCCGCGUUGGGGCUGGAGGAUGGGGAGCUGGAGAGUACUGGCAUCUAA